AUGGCCGGACAAAACAAUCAGCUGAAGCUUCUAGGCUCGUUCGCGGGCCCGUUUGUGCUGCGAGUGAAACUUGCGCUAAGCUUCAAAGGCUUGAGCUACGAGUACAUCGAGGAGAAGGAUCUCCUCAACAACAAGAGCGAGCUCCUCCUCAAGUCCAACCCUGUGCACAAGAAGGUGCCCGUACUCAUCCACAACGGCAAGCCUGUAUGUGAGUCCAUGAUCAUCAUUCAGUACCUCGAGGAGGCGUUUGCUGACGCCGGCCCCUCCCUCCUCCCUUCUGAGCCCCAUGAACGCACUGUUGCUCGUUUCUGGGCCUCCUACAUUGACGAGAAGCUCCUCAGCUCGUGGAUGAUGGUGUUCAGGGGCAAGACGGAUGAGCAGAAGGCGGAGGGGACGAGGCAGUCAUUAGCCGUGGCGGCAACGCUGGAGGGAGCCCUGAGCGAGUGUUCCAAGGGGAAGCCCUUCUUCAGGGGCGACAGCGUCGGGUACGUCGACGUCGCGCUAGGAGGGUUCGUCGCCUGGAUUCACGCCCUCGAGAAGCUAUAG